UGGGGGACUCUGAACAGGAUGCAGGGGGCACAGCAGGGUGCAGGGCGUUUAGGAGGACCUUUAGUUCCCAGGCACUGGAAUGUAGCACGGAAAGCUUUCCCUGCAUACUGUGCCAGGAGGAAGCACGCCGGGGGGUUCCCCCAAGGGGCCGUGGGAUGCCCACCGCCACACAGGGCAGCAUGUGACUUCUGGACUUGCCUUGCCCUACAGACCCAGGUGUGACAGUGGGGUGGGCAAGGGGACCCGAGCAGCCAGAUGACCACAUCUGCAGCGCUGGGAGCGAGCAGAGCUGCUCCGGCUCCGUCACCGCUGAGCCGCCUGUGGGUACCCCGGUAUCCAUGGCAAUGGGAGGAUGCUCUCCCCCCGUUCCCCCCCGAGCUGCUGCCGCAUCCGCAAGCAGCGGUGACGGCGGCACAGGAGCGAUGCUCAGCGGCGGGGACCCCCGGCUGGAGGAGACCUUCUUCCCCACCUCCCGAUGCAGGCGCUGCGGCACCAGGAGCCAAGCGGGGUUCCCUCUCGGAGAAUCCUCUAAUUUCUCACCCGAUAAUGCUGCAAGGGAUUGCAGCCCACCGUGAUAAAGUCAGGCAAAGUUUUGGGCUUGAUAUAGGUAUCAGGCAGUGCCGCUGAGGGCUCUGCUGCUGCCCAGUCCAACGUUUCCCUUUUCCUGCCUGAAAACUGCAGCCAAUGAGCAUUCAGGGUGAGUCUCCCCCUGCUCAGCAGCCUCCCACAUCCUUGCCGGGGACCGGUGCACGGAUCUGCUCCCCCAGUAGGUCUGCAGCAGCAAAAUGACGUUCCCCCAUCCAGCAGGAGCUCUCCUGGCCGCAGACACCUUCAAUGGCAGCUGGGAUAAUGCCAGUGAGAGCCAAAUCCUGAAGGAAAACUACACCUUCUUGGCAUACUACCAGCACUCCUCGCCCGUGGCUGUGAUGUUCAUCCUAGCCUACACCUUCAUCUUCCUCAUGUGCAUGAUUGGCAACAUCCUGGUGUGCUUCAUCGUGGUGAAGAACCGACAGAUGCGGACGGUCACCAACAUGUUCAUCUUAAACCUGGCUGUCAGCGAUCUACUGGUGGGAAUCUUCUGCAUGCCUACAACUCUGGUGGACAACCUCAUCACGGGGUGGCCUUUUGAUAAUGCCAUGUGCAAAAUGAGUGGCUUGGUACAGGGCAUGUCUGUCUCCGCCUCUGUUUUCACGCUGGUGGCUAUCGCAGUGGAGAGGUUUCGCUGCAUCGUCCACCCCUUCCGGCAGAAGCUGACGCUGAGGAAAGCCCUGGUGACCAUUGCCAUCAUCUGGGUGCUGGCCCUGCUCAUCAUGUGCCCCUCCGCCAUCACCCUAACUGUCACCAGGGAGGAGCACCACUUCAUGCUGGAUACCUACAACAACUCCUACCCCCUCUACUCCUGCUGGGAGGCCUGGCCCGAGACAGAGAUGAGGAAGAUCUACACUACCGUCCUCUUUUCCCACAUCUACGUGGCACCCCUCGCCCUCAUUGUCAUCAUGUAUGCCCGCAUUGCCUUCAAGCUCUUCAAGUCAGCAGCGCCCGCCCGCAGCACCCGGCCUGAGGAGCCCGAGGGGAGGAAGGUGUCCCGUAGGAAGGCGAAGGUCAUCAACAUGCUCAUCAUCAUGGCCCUCUUCUUCACCCUCUCCUGGCUGCCCCUCUGGACACUGAUGCUGCUUACAGACUACGGGCACCUCAGCGAGCACCAGCUGCACCUGGUCACCGGCUACAUCUUUCCCUUUGCCCACUGGCUGGCUUUCUUCAACAGCAGCGCCAACCCCAUCAUCUACGGCUACUUCAAUGAGAACUUCCGACGGGGCUUCCAGGAGGCCUUCAGAGCCCCUUUCUGCUUGCCACCGUGCCGGCAGCACCGUGGGCCCUAUGGUGCCCGCAACCGUGUCUUCACCCAGCCCCAGGCCAGCGACUCUCCCCCGCACUCAGAAUCGAGGCCACUGGCAUCCCGACGGGCCGGCAUCCCCGCAUGGAAUGGCUGAGCAGCUGAGGCCACCAGCUUGCCUGAUAGAUGUGGGGACUUCGUGCAUGGCACUGCUGUAGGGUGGACACCCCAUAUCAUUGUGGGUUCGGGGUCUUGAUGUGAUGAUCAGUGAGUGUCCAACCUAAGGGCUUGUUGGGAGUGGAGGGGAAUAGGGGGUUUGUAAUGUCACUGCAAUAAAGGCACGAUGCUGA